CCUGGAUACGAACGCGGAGGGUGGCGCAUACAGUGGUGCUUCUCUAAAUGAAACUGGCACGUCGUCGCCGACAUUGUGGCUCACUGUAUCAACCGCCGUGGAGGAAUGACCUUCGUACGGUUUGAACCCCAAUGUCGCCAGUUGCCCUAACGCCAUUGGAGAAGCAGCGGUUGUGCGAACAGCGCCAUUUCUGUCGGCGUCCAUGAUACGCGAUGCUACCGCAGCGGAUUCCAGAGCUCGAGCUCGGAACGGCAGCGGGAGAGAAAUAGCCGCUCCCCUUUCGCUGCUCCUCUCUACUUCAGCCCACGGCAGGUUGUGCCGGUGAAGUAAGACGUGGCCCUAAAAUGGACCCCCUCAACUAAGACGCAAACACAUCUUGUGUUUUGCUCAGCAGCUGAGACCUAUCAGCAGCAUAAGCCAUGCCUGACGAGUGAAACCCCCAGUUUUGCUCCAAGCAAUAAAAAAAAAAAAAAAAAAAAAAAAAGACAAAAAAAUCCUACAUGCCUCCCCAUGUAGAGCCCCUUCAGUGCCUCUUGCUGGAGUGACUGCCCGCUCUUCCAGACACGUUCUGCCUCAUUUUCUUUCAAUACCCUUCUCCUCUCACCAUCCUACAGUAACUUCCCAUCACAAUGCUGAUCCACCUAAGAAUGGCCAAUACCUGAGUUCACAUGCGUCCAGUGAGCACCGAUUCAGACGGUCCCGCUCCUCCUGAAAACCUUUCUUGCCCCUACCCCUUUGUGGGUCCCCUGCCUACCACAGAGAUGUCCCUGCUCCAGUCGCUGGAUCCAGUACAAAGCUGGCUUGGACAGGAGCUUGAGAAGUGCGGGAUUGAUGCCAUGAUAUAUACCCGCUAUGUACUCAGCCUUCUCCUGCAUGACAGUUAUGAUUACGAUCUGCAGGACCAGGAAAAUGACAUCUUUUUGGGCUGGGAGAAGGGAACUGGCAAGAAAUGGGGCAAGACUAAGAAAAAAGGAGGGACCGACCUGAGUCUUGAAGAAAUGAAGAAACAAGCCGCUGUGCAAUGCCUUCGCUCUGCAUCUGAUGAAAACUCUGGAAUUGAGAGCCUAGUUGAAGAGCUAUGCUCUAAACUUAAGGACAUACAAAACAAACAGAAAGAGGAAAAACAGAUUCAAAAGAAAUCUGAUGGCUCUCACUCUCCAGAGCGGUCGGAGUCCCCCUCUUCAAAGGACCAGGUGGAAAUGUAUUAUGAAGCCUUUCCUCCUUUGUCAGAAAAGCCUGUUUGUCUCCAAGAGAUUAUGACAGUGUGGAACAAGGCUAAGGUCUGUGCAUAUUCAAGUUCAUCAUCCUCUGCAGCUCCACAGACCAGCACAGACACAUCUUCCCCUAAAGAUUGCAACAGUGAAGGUGAGGCUGCAAAGGAGCGCAACCUCGAAGCAUGUGGCACCAACACUAAUGUGACUAAUGAGAGAGGCCAGCAGCGACGGAGCAAGAAAGAGAAAGAAAAUCGAUACCACACGGGUGUAGCAGCAGAGGAGAAAUCUACCGUCCACUUCAAGAGGCAGACAAGACACAGAUCUGAAGGCAAAUACAGACCCAGAUCCUGGUCUUCUGGAUCUAGUGAGGCAGGCUCUAGCUCAAGCGGGAACCAGGGUGACUCCAAGUUAUCUAGAAGCAAGGCAGUAAGAAUAAGGCACAAAUCCAGGGAGGCUGCAAAGAAUAAAAGAGCACGCAACAGCGGGCAGGUAAAACUGCAGGUGAAGGUAACCGACAAAGAGGAACGAAGAAACACAGGGGGGGGGAGUAGCAGCACAACUGGGGGAGCUGCCAAACAACCACAGCUUUACAAAAAGGGGAAGAGACCGCUUAAGGAGAUUCGUAAAGAUCCGGGCUGGGUGGAAGCAAGAGAGUCUGGCUUUGAGGCCAGAAAAACAAAGGAAUAUAUGGAGGAGCCACUUUGGUACACUGAACCCAUCACAGAAUAUUUUGUACCUUUCAGCAGCAGACAAAGCAAACUGGAAACAACAUAUAGAAACAAGCUUGAUUCUCCUGAUGGCUUUGCCUUGUCUGCUGAUAUGGAGAGGCUGCCAGAGAGAAUCCAGGGAAUCUGCAUUGCCAAUGAGAGCUACCAGAGAGCAUACCUAGCAGCAGGCUCAUUUGUAGAUGGGCAUUUUGUGGAAGGGCCUGGAGAAGCAGAAGAGGAAACUGCAGAAUUCACUGGGACUUCAAGCUGCCCUCAGCCAGAGGAUAGUAGAGAUUUAGAUGACAAGCAUCUGUCUGAAUUCAGUCACUUCUAUGAAGUUGAUAUUUAUCAAUCCAUAUUGGAUACUAGUGCCUCAGAGUCGAUACAAGAGAGUCGUAUCUUGAGCAUGAUACGACAAAAAAGCAAAGAGCAAAGAGACAUUGAGGCAGAAUGUUGUUUACUGUUAGAGGGCCUUGAGCAGCAAGGGAAAAGUGCAAUACGGGCAGGCUCACAGGAAGGUUUGGGAUGUGUUGGAUUCCUAAUGGAGGAUCUUGAAAACAUGGCUAAUGUGUGGGGAUGCUAUUCACCAUCAACAUCAGAGGAGAUAGAUGGAGAAAGCUUUGUAGGAGAUUCUCCCAUUCGGCUCUCCCCCCUUCUUGAUAGUGUUUCAUUCACCCUGAGUAAACUAUCUGGAAAACUGGAGGAGCCACCAAUUCCUGAAUCCAUCAGUGAACCAUCUGGUUUGAACUCAUCCUGCUUCUCUCUUUUUGAGCUGCAGUAUGACAGUCCUACUUUUCCUUUUCCCCGUGACUCACUCACCGUUGGGCAUGAAAACAACACAGAUUCUAGUAGCUGUCUUGACCCACAUUCUAAUAAACAGUCUCGUUUGCUAAUAUGGACCAAAAAUAGUGCCUUUGAUGAAACUGAACACUGUUCUAACCUUUCAACGAGAACUUGCAGUCCGUGGUCACAUUCAGAGGAGACUCGUUCAGACAAUGAACAAGGAAAUGCUCCGCUAGAGGAUGCUACUCAAAUUGGCAACAAAGACAUUGAUUGUAUAAUUGCUCCGCUCUCUGGUACUUAUCUAGAGGAUGAAAUCUUGGAUUUUUUGCAGGAAGACUCUGGAUGUAAAUGUGACGGGGUCAGUGUAACCACAGCAUCCAAACCGGCCUUCACCAAAAAAUCUAAAUUGGAGUCCAUUUGUGGUAUAGCGUUGGAAGAGGAUGAGAGUAAGCAGUACAGCACUGGCGUGUUUUUAGACAACACAAACCAACAGAGUGAUGAUUACAGCUCAGGGAUAAUAAAGGACAUUUGGACUGCAAGUGGCAAAUCUGUAACUUCAAGGCAAGGAAAAUUAAAAACGUGUGAGGGGCUAUUCCCAGAUGACUCAGCUGGUUACUGCUGCAGCUGCCUGGAGGUGCAGGCAAAAGGUGUUCCUCUUCAGGGUACACAGGAAAAAGCAGUUCAGCGAUCAGAGUAUCACCUUUGGGAAGGAAAGAAAGAAGAACAGGACUUAGCCAAAAACAAACUCUCCAAGGUAGAUGGUGCUGGGGAUUACACGACUCCGUCCAAGCCCUGGGAUUUGAAUUCUGACAAGGAGAGCACAUCAUUCAUUCUAGGAGGGGUGUAUGGAGAGCUGAAAACACUAAGCGGUGAUAAGAAUUGGGCUGUUGUGCCACCAAGUGAUGCCCAAGACAGCCUGCUACAAUGUGCCGCUGCAGCAGCGUCAGCUUCUAACUCAGACAUGCUCACCAUUUCUGGCACUGAUGUAUUCAUGAACACAAGCAGCUGCUUUGCCCCUGGCCACAGGCCCCUGUGGAGGCCUCUCGUGUCAUUUGGGCAGAGUGACCAGGCAAUUAACCGAGGUGGGGAUGGAUUGAAUAAGGGAUUUUCUUUCAUCUUCCAUGAAGAUUUGCUUGGAUCUUACGGAGGCUUCCAUAGUGAGGGGCAAGGUAUAGAAUACCCUUUUGCAUCCUUUAGCCUAAACAAUCCCUUCUCUCAAGUUCUACAUGUUGAGUGUUCAUUUGAGCCUGAGGACAUGGCUUCGUUCAGCCCGGGGUUCAAGCCCAAAUCUAUUCUUUGCUCUGACUCUGAGAAUGAAUCCUUCCACCCCAGACUAUAUGGCAUCAAUCGGACGCAAUAUAGGGCCAUUCGCAUUUCCCCAAGGACUCAUUUCCGACCAAUAUCGGCCUCGGAGUUGUCUCCUGGCGGAGUUAGUGAUUCUGAGGCUGAGACUGACAAAGAGGAGAUGAAUUUUCCCAUCCUGGCACCAGCGGAUGUCUUUGAUGAUCCUCAGGCAGACCUCAAACCUCUGGAGGACGAUGCAGAAUGUGAGGGCCCGUAUUAUGGGAAGUCAGAACUGGAAUCUGGUAAAUUCUUACCAAGAUUAAAGAAGUCUGGCAUGGAGAAGAGUGCCCAGACCUCGCUAGAUUCACAGGAGGGCUCCGGUUCUCUCCUGCCAAUCGCUGAGCAAGAGAUUUGCUUAGACUGCAAAACAGCAGCAGAUGCAUCAACUGCAGGUGAACAGACGGACAUUUCUACUGGCAAGAUUCUAAAACAGGAAUCUUCCGGAGAAGAACAGUCCUGCUCAUGUCCGCCAGCAGAACCGAUCCCCAAGUAUGGGAUUGCUUACGAUGUUGGCGAUGUGCCAGAGUUCCCUCUGCUAAAUAUAAGUCGACAGGGAGGAACUGGCAGCCAGCAAGAAGAGUGUUGGUGGCAGAACACUCUCUGUUCCCCUAUUUUCCCUGGAUCUCAGUGCACAGGGAGCAGCAACAUUUAAAACUUCAUUUUUUGAGAGAGGACACCUGUCAUCAAAAGGAAAGCUUCCUCCCUUUUGCGACUGGACCAGCAAAGAUUUCAGGGUAAUCUCAGAGCUGGAAAACCUAAUGUAGGCUAAUUUUCUGAGACAACCCUCUAAAACCUCCACAUAUUCCUGCUGGUUUUUCAUUUACUAACUUAAGAACCGUUUAUAAUCAACAAUGAGAUAAACAAAAGCGAGUGGAAAACAGGAAAACUAAAAAAAAAAAAAAAAAACGUUCUGUCUUUGAAUGAUGCCAUGUGUGGACAUACAUUUUUAGAAUUUGUUUCAUUAGAUUAUUCUGAACACUGGUCCUUUUUCAAGUCUCACAGUUAGGUAGUAGAGACAGUCUCUUUGUUUCUUGUCAGUUUUGUUCCCACAAUUUUGCUUUUGAACUAAGAUACUGGUAGUUGGUGGUGUCUGAAUGGUUGUGCAUGUAUGUUCAUCCAAGCCAGUCUCACUCCUCUUUUUCUAGUUGAACCUAAUGUUGUGUGAAACAGUUGCCACCACAUCUUCUACUUUUCCAUCCUGUGUUCAGAAAGACAACAUAGGGACAUUGAGAUUUGAGUUGUAAGAAUUUGCAAGUUUAAUUUAGUUUGUGUGGCUGACUUUCUGAAUGUAAAGCGGAGUGUGUGUGUGUGCAAAUUUUCUUUUGAUUACCUGUGAAAUCCUCAUAAUUGAAAAGUUAUAAAUGAGUCUGUUUUUUUUCCCCCUAUUGAAUGGUGAUAGGCUUUUAAAGCUGGUAGUAGAACUAGUAUGGUUUGUUAGGCUACAAUAAAUCUUUUAAAAAUAAAAAAAAAAACAGGAAAUCAAAAGGAGUUUUUUUUUUGGGCGGGGGGGCAAAAAUACUAAUCUACUUGAAUUGCAAUGCUGUGGGGGGAGACAUGAAUACAGCCAUCUUUGCAGACAUCUGUGUUGCAAUUGAAUGAAACAUUUGUUUUCCAUUUUGUAAUUUCUAUGGUACAGACUCUUGGUGCUAUGAAUAUGUUCAUAAUCCUUUUGAAGUUGCAGUUUUAUACUGUUUCACUGCUGUCAUGAUAAACUGCAUAGUUUUGUUUGUAGUUUAAGACAGGCUCCAUAAAUCUCUUCGCAAACAUUUUGGCAUUUUGGAAAGAUGCUAACGAGAGAUGGCUUUUUUUUUUUUUUUUUUGGUAGAUUACGUCUUAGUUGUCAGGUCUGCAACAGCUGAGGUAAAAAAUACUAGCAGAUUUUAAAACUAUUGUUUCCACACACCCUAUUUUUUUAUUUUUAGUUUGUUUUACCCCAAACAGAAAGGGAAAAAUAGGCACCAACAGUUAACUGUCCAUUCUUGGGAACAUGAGACUAAACACAUCUAACGUGGCAGGGUGGUGGUCAAACAAAAAGGAAAAAUGGUAAAACUACAUUAAGGUACAAAUGCUUUUUCCAUUUGAGGUGUGUUUUUAAUUAUUUUUGGGGUUUCAAGUAUAUCUUGUUGAAAUAUAGAGUAACGUAUCUGUUUGUGUGUGAGCUUGUGUUUGUGUAGAACUUGUGAAGCAGCUGGUUCAGAGUGGAUGUACCACUGUUUAAAAUGUAUGCGUAGACAUACAUUUGCUAAAAUACAAACGCAUUAUGCCCUCUAUAUUUGAAACGCACCUUUGACAAAUUGGCUAUCAAACGAGCUGUGCUUUUACUGACCCUUGUGGUUUUUCUUUAUCUGCUUGGUUUUUGUGAGUUAACAUGAUGAAUAGCAGCAGAAAGUUAUUUGCUACAGCAUACUUUGAAACAAGAAGCACAGAUAAUAAAAACAUUCACUCCUCUGUUAAUGGGCAAUUAAUAAAUGUCAGCAGUGUAAACAGGCUUGAUGUAAUGCACUGUUGCUGAUGAAGGUUUCUCUGUCUUGUGCAUGGCUUUGGAAAUGGCUUUUACAUUUAAUAGGGCAAAACAUUGUUAAAGGCCAGGGUUUCUUUAAUCCAGUGUUGCUUUAAUUGAAUAAGGAACCGCCCCAUACCUUUUGUCACCCUGAUUCAAGUAGCUAAAUGAAAGGUACUCAACUUCAGGGUCCUGUCACCUUUGUUUGACAGUCAUCAGACCAGACACUCAGGAAUUUUUUAAUAUACAUAUACUGCAUAAUCUACACUCAAACAGUACAUCAAUGCGUUUGAUUGUAGAGCACAAAUUAUUGACAGGAGUUUGUUCUAAGUACCCACAGAUGUCUGUCAUUAAUUUAGCGCUAUAGUUUGAGGUUGUGGGCUAAAAGACUAAGCCAUUGUAGAUUGCAUAAGCAAUGUGGGGAAUUUUAGAAUUGAGUCCUAUGCAAUACCUUGGCGCAUGUAAACAUUCAAGAGUAAGUGGAGAAAUGUCAUUCAGUUAAUUUUGCAUGUUUUAAUAGGGGGAACCUGUGGAAAACAAUAAACCAUGGAAUACCUGUAAGAAAAUGCAGCAUGCAUACAUCACACUCCAUAUUUUUAUUUUGGAUUAAGCAAAUAUUUUAGUUAAGAGUGAAGUUUCAUGAGUGAUUAAAAGGAUGCCAUGACUGUGAAAAUCCCAGUGAAUGUGUGCAAGAAGCUAAAAAUCACACAAAGCUUACAUGGGAGUUGAAAAGCACGCAUUACACCUUUAGUCUGUUGAAUUCUUCCAUUGUGAUAGGCCAUGUAAACAUAUGGGGCAAAAAAGUGUAUGACAAGGAAAUGCAUAUAUUAAGGGUAUAUGUAUUUGGAACAACACUCACAGGUUGGCUGAGUUUUGAUUGCACUGUGGUCUGAAGAACAUAUCCAGCACUGAAAACUUUGCGUUUUCAUCCUCUUUUCAUUCCCACCCAGGCGAUGAUCCUUUACGCUCCACCACACCACCUUCCUCUGUGCCCCCAAAUUCCAUCUGUCCUAUCUAGCUGUGUUGUUCUAAUUUCAUGUACACCCUGAGUAAAUUAUUUUGUUUCAUUGUGGAUUUUCUUAACAUCUAAUAAAGAAAUAAACCAAACCUCA